AUGUCUGGUGGCACUGCCAUGGAUACUAUGUCAUCUGCACCGCAUAUGAAUGAAGAUAAUGCUAUACGCUAUUUGACCAACUUUGUGAAGUCACCAGUAAGCAAUGAAGCAGAUAUCAAAAAGAAAGAAGAAUCAAUAAUGGAACUGGGCAGUAUGUUGGCAAAGAAUAAGCGCACUCAAGAAUUACGAAAAAUGAUCGAAAACACUCGUCCAUUUCUAAUAUCGUUAGGCAAAGCGAAGGCGGCAAAACUGGUGCGAAAUCUAGUCGAUCUAUGUCUUAUGAUCGAUAAUCAAGAUGGCGAUAUCAAGGUUGAUCUCUGCAAGGAGUGCAUACAGUGGGCAGCUGAACAAAAUCGUACAUUUUUACGACAAACAUUGCAAGCUCGCCUUGUUCGUCUUUACAAUGAUCUUCACAGAUUUACUCAGGCGCAGCAAUUAGCCAAUCAGUUGGUUCGCGAACUUAAAAAAGUUGAUGACAAAGAUGUAAUUGUUGAAGUACAACUAGAGGAAAGCAAAGCUUGUUAUCAUUUAGGAAAUUUGUCGAAGGCCAAAGCUGCUUUAACAUCAGCAAGGACAAUAGCAAAUUCUAUUUACAUGCCGCCACGUAUGCAAGCUGCCCUGGAUCUGCAAUCUGGAAUUUUGCACGCCGCUAGUGAACGUGAUUUCAAAACAGCUUUUUCAUAUUUUUAUGAAGCUUUUGAGGGAUAUGACACGGUAAACGAUCAACAGAAUGCUGUACGUGCUCUCAAAUAUAUGCUUUUGAGCAAGAUAAUGCUUAAUUUACCGGAAGAAGUUUCAACUAUUUUAUCUGCAAAAUUGGCCUUGAAAUAUAGUGGGCCAGAUUUAGAUGCAAUGCGUGCAAUUGCAGAAGCUGCUAAGAAACGAUCCUUGGCAGAUUUCAACACUGCAUUUGGAAGUUUUCGAGAUGAGUUGCAGUGUGAUGCAGUUGUGAAGAAGCAUUUUAACUCGCUAAGCGACAGUAUGCUUGAAAAGGAUUUGUGUCGCAUUAUUGAGCCUUAUUCAUAUGUGCAACUUGAGCACAUUGCUUCCAAAAUUGGACUCACAAGAGAUAAAGUAGAAAAAAAGUUGUCACAAAUGAUACUGGACAAGAAGUUCUCAGGAAGUCUACAUCAGGGUGAAGGGAUGCUUAUUGUUUACGAUCUUGCUCCUGUAGACAAAACUUAUGAAUCGGCAGUUGAAUCUAUUCAUGCGAUGAGUGAGGUAGUGGACGCAUUGUAUCAAAGAGUGAAGAAGUUAAGAUAA